AUGGACUCUCCUGAUACACUGAAGAAAAAGGUAGCCAUUAUCGGAGGAGGCUUGGUGGGCGCUUUAAAUGGUUGUUUCUUUGCUAGAAAGGGGUUCUUUGUGGAAAUUUAUGAAGCCAGGCAAGAUAUCCGUGCUUCCAGUCUGGCUCGUGGUAGAAGCAUUAAUUUGGCUUUGUCUCACAGGGGACGGCAGGCCCUCAGGGCUGUUGGAAUGGAAGAUCAGGUUGUGUCUAAAGGCAUUCCUAUGAGAGCAAGGAGGAUUCACCCACUUUCAGGAAAACAAUAUGCAAUUCCUUAUGGAACAAAGAGCCAGUACAUUCUGUCUGUUGAUAGAGCAAAUUUAAACAGGGAACUGCUAACUGCUGCGGAGAAAUAUCCCAAUGCUAAAUUGUACUUUGAGCACAAACUGCUGCGCUGUGAUUUAGAAUCGAGGACGUUGACCUUUACAGGAUCAAAAGAGGUUACUUGUGAUCUAAUUGUGGGUUGUGAUGGAGCAUUUUCCACAGUUAGGAAGCAGUUCAUGAGGCAAACGCGUUUCAAUUACAGCCAAACGUAUAUUCCUCAUGGAUACAUGGAAUUGACAAUUCCCCCAAAAGAUGGAGAGUUCGCAAUGGAACCGAAUUUUCUUCACAUCUGGCCCAGGAACACAUUCAUGAUGAUUGCGCUGCCCAAUCUGGAUAAAUCAUUCACAUGUACUCUCUUCAUGCCUUUUGAAGAUUUUGAAAAGCUCACAACAGGAGACCAAGUGCUGGAUUUCUUCAAAAUGUACUUUCCAGAUUCCAUUCCCCUAAUAGGAAAGGACGCACUGAUGCGAGAUUAUUUUUUGCUACCAGCCCAAGCCAUGGUAUCUGUGAAGUGCUCGAUAUACCACAUGGACUCUUGCUGUGUGCUGAUGGGGGAUGCUGCGCAUGCAGUCGUCCCCUUCUAUGGGCAAGGCAUGAAUGCCGGAUUUGAAGACUGUCUAGUUUUCGACGAGUUAAUGGACCAGUGUCAAAACAAUCUCAGUGUCUGCCUCCCCGAGUUCUCCAGGCUGAGAGUUCCUGAUGACCAUGCAAUUUCAGAUUUAGCCAUGUACAAUUAUAUUGAGAUGCGCUCCCACGUUAAUUCGAAGUGGUUCAUAUUUCGAAAGCACGUGGACAACUUCCUCCACGCCCUCCUGCCCUCCACCAUUAUCCCUCUCUACACAAUGGUCACAUUCUCCAGAAUCCGCUACCAUGAAGCUGUGCAAAGGUGGAAAUGGCAGAAUAAGAUAAUCAACAGUGGCCUCUUCCUCAUUAUGGCAGGAGCAACCGUAAGUGGUGUAUACCUGAUCAGGAACUGCAUAAAGCCCAAAUCGGACUUCUGUGUCGACAGUCUCUGGAAAUGGUCUCUUGGCCUCAGGAAAUUUGUAACAGUGGCACAGUUUACACAAGAUUGUUAA